GUCCCUGCAAGCGUUCAUCAGGUGAAGGACUCCAGCUGAAGUGGCCAUCAGCAUGUCUCAGAAGAUGAAAGAUAUGGGCUCUGCCUUCAUCCAGCAUCAGCAGCUGCAUGCUGCCAUGGCAGACACGCUCCUGGAGCACAUGUGCCUGCUGGACAUCGACUCCGAGCCCAAUGUCUUCCGCACCACCGGCAUGGUGUGCACCAUUGGGCCAGCCUCCCGCAAUGUGGAUGUGCUGAAGGAGAUGAUCAAAGCUGGAAUGAACGUUGCACGCCUGAACUUCUCUCACGGAUCUCAUGAGUACCAUGCUGAGACUAUCAAGUACAUUCGUGAAGCUGAGCAGAGCUUCCAGCCCGGGACAGUGGAGUACAGACCUGUUGCUAUCGCCAUGGAUACCAAAGGUCCUUGCAUCAGGACCGGUUUGAUCAAGGGUAGCGACACAGAGGAGGUCAGGCUUGAGAAAGGCCACACCAUCAAACUGACCACCAAUGACCAGUUCAAGGACAACUGUGAUGACCAGAACCUUUGGGUGGAUUACAAAGAGAUGUGCUCCAAGGUGCAGGUGGGAAACCACGUCUACGUCGACAAUGGCCUCAUCUGUCUCAAGGUCACGAAUGCUGGUGGCGACUUCCUGGAAUGUGAGAUUGAGAACGGUGGCAUGUUGGGCAGCAAGAAGGGCAUCAACGUGCCCGGUGUCUCCUGGGAUUUCCCCCCCGUGUCUGAGAAGGACCAGAAGGACCUUAUGUUUGCUGUGGAGCAGGGCAUCAACAUGGUGUUUGCCUCUUUCAUGCGCAAGGCCUCUGAUGUCCAGGCCAUCAGGAGCGCCAUGGGCGAGAAGGGCAAGGAGAUGAAGGUCUUCGCCAAGAUCGAGAACCACGAGGGUUGCCGCAAGUUUGAUGAGAUCAUGGAGGCCAGCGAUGGCAUCAUGGUUGCUCGUGGCAACCUGGGCAUUGAGAUCCCUGUUGAGAAGGUGUUCCUGGCUCAGAAGAUGAUGAUUGGACGUUGCAACAGGAUGGGAAAACCUGUUAUUUGUGGCAUGCAGAUGCUGGAGAGCAUGAUCAAGAAGCCCCGCCCCACUCGUGCAGAGAGCAACGAUGUGGCCAAUGCCGUGCUGGAUGGAGCUGACUGCCUGAUGCUGUGCGGAGAGACGGCCAAGGGAGAGUACCCAGUGGAGUCUGUCCGUAUGCAACACAGGAUCGCUCGCGAGGCUGAGGCGGCCAUGUUCCACAGACAGCUUUUUGAGGAGCUGCGCCGCACCUCCCACCUCACUCGUGACCCCACAGAGGCCGUUGCCAUCGGUGCUGUAGAGGCCUCCUUCAAGUGCUGCGCCAGUGCCAUCAUUGUCCUCACCAAAUCCGGCAGGUCAGCUCACAUGCUGUCCAGGUACAGGCCCCGUUCCCUCAUCAUGGCCGUCACCCGUAACGAGCAGACCGCACGCCAGUGCCACAUGUACCGCAGCGUCAAGCCCGUCUUCUACAACAAGCCCGCCCACGACGUCUGGGCCGAGGAUGUGGACCAGCGCGUCAUGUUCGCCAUGGAGAUGGGCAAGCACCGCAAGUACUUCAAGUCUGGUGAUGUCGUGAUCGUGGUGACAGGCUGGCGUCCAGGCGCCGGCUACACCAACACCAUGCGUGUGGUGCUGGUGCCUUGAGUGCACUCUAAUGGACUGAAACACUCCCCCCCCCCCCCCCCUGUAAGAAGAGACCAGAAGAGUCCCCCGGAGACUCCUGCCGACAAAUGGUCGCUCAGUCGGACGGACGGCUGACUGUGGUGUGUUUCUCCCAGGAGCCUCAGGGAGUCACGGCCUACCCUGUAACUCUUGUCACAUCGUUGGAACUUAUCCAUGAACACCUUGUUCCAAUGGAACCGGUGGCUCAUCUUCCCCCGCGUCUACAGUAUGGACAGCAGUGUUUCACAUCUUCAAGAGCAGUAGAGAGUGUGUGUAUGGGCUUGUGUGCGCGCGUGUGUGUGUGUGUCCGAGACUGAACAUGUGCGUUGAUGUUAUCCACUGUGACAGAAUGCCCAACAUUAAAGAGAUGACCACCUGA